AUGGCAUACAAGCCAUACCCUCAGGUUGUCCUCUUCGGCGACUCGCUCUUCCAGGGCUGCAGCCAGAUUCAAGAGGGCUUCUCCUUUCAGGGAGCUCUACAGCACCAUUGUGUGCGUGUCUUCGAUGUGAUCAACCGAGGUCUUUCUGGCUACAACACGAAGAAUGCAUUGGAGGUGUUUCCUGAUAUGUUCCUGCCGCCUUCAUCAUCGAACCCGAGUAUCGAGUACCUGCUCGUACUACUAGGCGCCAACGAUGCGUGCCUUCCUAUUCCCACCUGUACACAGGGCGUUCCUAUCGACCAGUACAAAGCGAACUUGGUCAAGAUCAUCACCCACGACCUCAUCAAGGCUCACAAUCCCAAGAUCCUACUCAUUACACCGCCACCCCUUGACGAGAUUCGAACGAGAAAAGAUGAUCUGAAGAGCGACAGCCACGGGCAACCGUGCCGAAAGGCUGCUGUCAACGCGGAAUACUCUGAGGUAGUCCGCAAAGUCGCAUCAGAGGUCCCAGGUGUCGUCGUGUUGGUCGAUCUUUACGAGGCUCUCAUGAAGAGAGCCGUUUCCUUGACCAAGGAAUCCAACCCAAGCUGGCACCCCAGUGGAAGACCGCCGUUGGGCUACCCCGAAGGUCAGCGAGGUGGCCUGGAACAGCUGCUCACAGACGGAUUGCACAUGAGUGGAGAGGCAUACAGAGUCCUUUUCGAUCUCGUCAAGGAUCACAUCAAGCCGGACUCGAAGACCCCUCCCUUCAAGGACUGGCGUGAGAUGAAUGCCCCCCACUGA